GUCGGGCUAUGUAGGAGCCGGCCCCGGCCUCCCCGCCGCCCACACCGCCCCGACCCUUCCCUGCCGGCGCCGUCGUCCUCGCAGCCGCCGCCAUGAAGAAGCAGUUCAACCGCAUGAAGCAGCUGGCCAACCAGACCGUGGGCAGAGCGGAGAAAACCGAAGUCCUCAAUGAUGAUCUUCUACAGAUCGAGAGGCGGCUCGACACGGUCCGAUCAGUGUGCCACAACUCCUAUAAGCGCCUAAUGGGAUGUUUCCAGGGUCAGCAGGGAACCGAUUCAGAGAAGAGACACAAGAAACUCCCUCAGACAGCACUUGCUCAAAAUAUGCAAGAAGCAUCUGGUCAACUUGAAGAUUCUCUCUUGGGGAAAAUGUUGGAGACAUGUGGUGAUACUGAGAAUAAACUGGCCCUUGAGCUCUCGCUACAUGAGGUCUUGGUUGAAAAGGACAUAAUGGAUCCCCUGAAUACCCUUGCGGAGGUGGACAUUCCCAACAUUCAGAAGCAGAGGAAGCAGCUUUCUAAAUUGGUAUUAGACUGGGAUUCUGUCAGAGCCAGAUGGAAUCAAGCUCACAAGUCUUCAGGAACUAACUUUCAGGGCCUUCCAUCAAAAAUAGACUCUCUAAAGGAAGAAAUGGAUGAAGCUGCUAACAAAGUAGAACAGUGCAAGGAUCAGCUUGCCGCAGAUAUGUAUAACUUUGUAGCCAAAGAGGGAGAAUAUGCCAGAUAUUUUGUUAUGUUAUUAGAAGCCCAAGCAGAUUACCAUAGAAAGGCAUUAGCAGUCUUAGAAAAGGCCCUCCCUGAAAUUCAAGGUCAUCAAGACAAAUGGGCAGAAAAACCAGCCUUUGGGACACCAUUGGAAGAGCAUCUGAAGCGCAGUUCUCGUGAAAUUGCACUCCCCAUCGAAGCCUGUGUAAUGCUGCUUUUAGAAACUGGCAUGAGAGAGGAGGGCUUAUUCCGUAUUGGAGCCGGAGCCUCCAAGCUAAAAAAACUGAAGGCUGCAUUGGACUGUUCGACUUCCCAGCUGGAUGAAUUUUAUUCAGAUCCUCAUGCUGUUGCAGGUGCCUUGAAGUCUUAUUUGCGGGAAUUGCCUGAACCUUUAAUGACCUUCAAUCUGUAUGAAGAAUGGACACAGGUUGCAAGUGUGCAGGACCAGGACAAGAAACUUCAGGAUUUGUGGAGAACCUGUCAAAAAUUGCCAAAGCAAAACCUCACCAAUUUUAGGUAUUUAAUCAAAUUCUUAGCGAAGCUUGCACAGACCAGUGAUGUUAAUAAAAUGACACCCAGCAACAUUGCUAUAGUAUUAGGCCCAAAUUUGUUAUGGGCCAAGAAUGAAGGAACUCUUGCUGAAAUGGCAGCAGCGACCUCAGUCCACGUGGUAGCAGUUAUUGAGCCGAUAAUUCAGCACGCAGCUUGGUUCUUUCCUGAAGAGUUGGAUUUUAACGUUUCGGGAGCAUUUGUGCUUCCUCCCACUAAUUCUAACCAUUUGGCCCACGCUGGAAGUGACUAUGACUCAGGGACUCUUGAGCGGAAGAGACCUGCAAGUAUGGCUAUAAUGGAAGGAGACUUGCUCAAGAAGGAGGGCUUUGGUGUGAAGGUUAUGGACUUCCAGGCAAACCGGAGAUGUGGCACUAUAAAUAGAAAGCACACAUCCCCCGCUUUCCACCCACCGCUUCCACCUACGGAGGUGGGCACGCAGGCCCAGCCAGGAGCAGAGCCGCACUCCCAGGUCUCUGGCUCCGAAACCAGUCCUGUAGGUGUUGCUUUUCCCCCCUCUGUUGGCGCCGCAGAGCAUUUGCAAAGUCAAGGGAAUGAUGAUGUCAGCCCUCCUAAGCCUAAGGAGGCUGCAGCUGCAACCACACCUCCACCUUUGAGAAACGGCGGCCAGGUUACCACGGGGCAGAACCCACCCCAGCCAACCGGUGGCCCCAACCAGCUCUCCGUUGGAUCGGCCCUGAAUUCUGCCGGCCCCAGCCCUCACACUGUGCGGCGAGCUGUUAAAAAGCCGGCUCCCGCACCUCCCAAACCGGCCAACCCACCCCCCGGGCAGCCUGGAAACCACGGUUCUUCUGCCGCAUCUCAUCAGCCCCCCGCUAUCUCUCCCAAGCCAGCCACGAGAAGUCCUUCUCCUCCUAGUCAACACGCUACUCAAGGAUCAGGCCAGACUUCUGCUGCUUCCCAGAUUUCCGCUCCCAGGAGAUACUCCAGCAGCCUGUCUCCAAUCCAAGCGCCUAACCACCCUCCCCCACAGCCUCCCACUCAGGCUACUCCUCCAUUGCAGACCAAGCUAAAUAGUCAGGCCCCUUCUCACCCGGUGGCUCCUACCAGCAAGCACAGCCCUGAGCAACCUUCCUGUACCCCUCCACAGACUCCAACUCCUCCCGGCACCCCGCCUCUAGGAAAACACAAUCCCAGCUUUCAAGCCCCACCGCAGCCCCAGGUGGCUAGUAACCCAGAGACUUCUCACCCCCAACACUCUCCUCCUCAUACCGGUACAUUGCCAAGACCCAAACCGGUCCCAAAGCCCCGGAACCGACCGAGCGUCCCCCCUCCUCCGCACCCCCCUGGGUCCCACUCAGCUGGAGAUGGCGGUGUCGCAAACCCAACUCAGACGUCUUCCAAAAUCGUAACCGACUCCAAUUCCAGUGUUCCAGAACAGCUUCCCAGCCUCUUUCCCGAACUUCCCCUGGAGUCAGCGAGCAAGGAACUGCACAGCCACCUGGUGCUGGACAUUGACAAUGAUACGGAAAGUACCGCUCUGUGAAGGAAGCCACACUCCGCCACUUCUAACUCUUGCCUCCCAUCGAGACAGAGGGGAAACAGACUCAUGUGUCAAGACCAAACAGUGAAAAGCUUUCUGUGGAAAAAAUAGGCCAACUAGGUGGAGUGUUCCAUCCUGCACGGCUAGCAAAGAAACUUGCGGGUACCACUCGAAGCUUAAUGAUCUGUGGCUUGAUUUUUUUUCUCUCUCUCUCUCUAAAAUACCCAAGGACCUUGGGGUGCAAAGAGUUCUAUCACUGCAGAAAUUUCCAUAGGAAGCUUAAUUACUGCUGUUGAUGCAAGUAUCCACAGCAGGAAUUCCAAAUGAAUAGGAAACAAUGCAUUAGUUAACUAUUUAAUAAACCGCAUGGAUUAUGCCAGAUUCCUUCUUUCUGCCACUUAGCUUUAUUAUUCCUCUACUUUAGACCCUACUUAGAAAUGAUGCAGAGAGAGAAACAUUCCCUCAUUGAGUUGCUUCGAACUCUUUCAGUUUCAGCAUGACCCACUCGCUCAAAGAUUAAGGAAAAAAAAAGCCGCAAGUGCUGGCGGUGACUGCUGGAUCUGUCACCCAUUCAAACUGUGGAUGUAUUCUAGUGCCUUGUUGGACUGCCAGACUUUAGAAGGAAAUGUACUGUUCUUUUUUUUUUUUAACCAUUUUAUUGCUACUCUAAUUCCUGAAUAUAAUCUUGAUUUCGUAGUUAAUUUGUAUUGUAUUCUCUGGUUUAUGUGAUACUCAUAAGUGUUUCAAGGCAAGACUGGAUUUAUUUGCUUUUUUUGGUCUGUAAUUCAAAGCAAUCAAAUCUGGAACCUAUGUGACAUUUUGAGGAUUCAUCCCCUGUCCAUUCCUGCGUGUGUGUGUUUGUGUGUGUAUAUGUGUAUAUGUGUAAGCAUCCCAAAUGCUUGUACGUACACACAGAUACUCAGUGUAGAGAUCAGAUCAGUCUUGGAAACAGAUUUCCCCCCAAAUAGACAGCCACCAGAUUGGACCAUAGGAUAAAUUCUAGUGAGGCCCUGUUCUCUGAAUCUUUUCCCUCUUCUCUAUUGGCUGGAGCCAAUGAGGCAGGGGUUUUUCUGAACAGAUAGUGGCCUCUACCCUGUCUCCAGUGCCACCCCCAAAAUAUACCUUGCAGCCAGAUCCUAAACCCCCAAAGAAAAGAGGAAUGGGGUGGGUGGCAGUGUCCAAAUCCUCUCGGGUGGAGCGGAGGGGCCCCCUCCACAUGGCAUCGCUUGCUCAGAGUGCUUGAGGGGGUGACCAGAAGUUUGGGGUGCCCCUUUCCCAAGUUGGCCCGUAUCAACCUUUAUAAUGAAGGAUAAGGUCCGGGAACUGCUUUGGCUCUGAGGCAAGUGGGUGACCAGCUUGCGCCAUGGCUGAUGUGCCCCAGAUGAGCGGAUACCAUCUUCCAAAUGGUACUAAAAAUCCCUUUGAGGAGUUUUAUUCUCCCCAGCGUGUUAUCAUUUGGUCAUUCAAAAUACCCAAUUCAGAACACAAUGUGAAUCUCUACCGUAACCCGUCAGUUGAAGCAGUUAGCAAAAUACCGGGUCCUGUUGCCGGCAGAGCACUUGAGCAGCACCACUAGAAUAGAGGCCAAAUAAGUGAGGUCCCGGUGGCCAUUUUAAAGCAAAGGACUGUGGGGAAGAGCCGACUCCCAUUGGACACCAAUCAGUUGCCAGACUUCGCACGAUCCAUCAGUAACCCGACCGACCAGUUACCCCCAGUGCUCUAGGGUUUCCACUAAGUGCACUUCCCAGCUUUUUGCCUUUUAAUCUACCAUUUUGUAAAAGCAAAAUCAAGUACGCACUGUUAAGGAGCAAUAUGUACAUAGAGAGGCCAUAAGCGAUCAACCUGUUCUUUAAGUUAAGACAGUUUCUGAUAACAGAACCUGCAUUUCAAAAGUGUUCAAUGACAUACUAUUAAACUGAAGUGAAUAUCUUUU